AUGACUUCACGAGCGGCAGAUUUGGCUGUCGAUGAACUUGCCACCUCUUUGAUGUUGAUGGGUGUGGCCCCAGCGAAGAAAGCCAAGGCUCCAGCUGGAAAGCCAAAGGGAGGCGGCAAACAAAAAGGAAAGCCCAAAGAAAAGGACACCCCGGCUCCCAAGGAAGCUCAUGAUCGCUGGACUCUCCAAGACGAAAGUACAAUUGACUAUGGCUUUCUAUCCAAGACGGGUGGAUCGGGCUCCAAAGAGAAAUCUUUCUACAUCACCACUGCCAUCAACUACGCCAAUGGACCUGCUCACAUGGGCCACGCUUAUGAAGGAACUACCAGUGAUGUGAUUGCACGGUUCGCCCGUCUUUGCGGAGAUCAGUCAGUCUACUUUGUCACGGGCUCGGAUGAACACGGACAAAAGAUUGCGACAACUGCCGAAGAAGCUGGUCAAAAACCCAUUGAUUUGUGUGAUAAGUUUGUGCUCGGAUUUAAGAACCUAAAUCAGCGCACUCUAGUGAGCAACGAUGAUUACAUUCGGACGACGAGCGACCGCCACAAAAAGACAGCACAGGAAUUGUGGAGAAAAGUCAACGAAGCAGGAGAUAUCUACUUGGAUACCUACGAAGGGUGGUACAACGUCCGAGAAGAAACCUUUGUCACUGAAAAUGAUGCUGCUCUCAGCAACUAUCUGGAUCCAGCAUCGGGCAAACCUCUCAAAAAGGUUCAGGAAGCUUCUUACUUUUUCAAAAUGUCCAAAUACAAGGAUCGACUCAUCGACUACAUUGAAAACGUCAAUCCUGACUUUAUUUGUCCAACCCAGCACAAAAACCAGAUUCUGUCACGGCUGAAAUCGGAUGAUCUUCGGGAUUUGUCCAUUAGUCGGGCCACCUUCUCAUGGGGAAUCAAAGUCCCCGAGGGCUUUGAGGAGAAUCAUGUCAUGUACGUGUGGAUGGAUGCUUUGACAAACUACCUCACAGGCGUCAACGCACUUGGUUUGGAGGACAACGACCUGGCACAUUUCUGGCCAGCAUCGGUACACAUUAUCGGAAAGGACAUUCUUUGGUUCCACACAGUCAUCUGGCCCUGCCUCUUGUUCAGUGCCAAAGUGCCCUUGCCCAAAAAGGUAUACGCCCAUGGAUUUGUCAACGACAAGGACGGAAAGAAAAUGUCCAAGAGUUUGGGCAAUGUAGUAGAUCCCCACGAUAUGCUGGACAAGUUCCACGUCGACACAUUCCGGUGGUAUCUGAGCAAAGAAGCACCGUACGGAGGAGAGCUGUCCUUUUCGGAAGACAACGUGCGAGAUAUUCACAACUCCGACCUCUGCGAUACUCUUGGAAAUGGUGUGCAUCGUGCAACAACCUUGUGUGGAAAGAAGGAUUUCUGUGAUGGGGUAAUUCCCGAUAUUCCCAUGUCAUCAACUCUUCCCGAGUUCUUGGAGAAGCUGGGCGAUAUCAUCGACACCUACCGAGCAAAAAUGGAGCUGUUAGAACUCCAUUCCGGUGCUCAGAUUGCCAUCCAAGGGUUCCGUGACAUUAACGGUUAUUUGGCAAAGGAAGAACCAUGGAAGUUGAAGGGAGACGAGAACAAGGUGAAACGGCAAACCGUUGUCCGUACCGCUUUGGAAGCAAUCUACGCCUUUACGCAUCUCUUGCUGCCAUUCUUGCCCAUUGGUGCCAAGGAAAUCUUUAAAAAGCUCAACACCGAUCCAAUCUCACUGGUGGAACUGAAAAAGCGUCACGCAGCAACCCCCGGCCAAUUCUUGGCAGCUGGUACCAAAGUGGUUGCGGGCGGCGUGUUGUACGAAAAAUCGUUGUCGGAGGAUGAAAUCAAGGAUGCUGCCGCGGCAGCGGCCAAAAAGAAGGAAUCUUACGCCGACGCCCAGAAGCGCAAAAAGGAAAAGAAGCUCCAGGACAUUGCAAACUCUAGAAAAGCCCAGGAGGGCGUCGACCCCAAUCAACCCGAAUUCACCAAGCUCGACAUUCGCGUUGGGAAGAUUGUCAAGGUUUGGAAUCACGAAUCGGCCGACAAACUUUUCUGCGAGGAGAUCGACCUGGCGGAGGAAGGCGGCCCUCGUCAGAUUGCGUCUGGCCUGCGAGGCCACUACACACUGGAGGAAAUGCAGGAUACGAAGGUGUUGGUGGUUUGCAACUUGAAAGCUGCCAAGAUUGUUGGCUUUUCGAGCAACGGGAUGGUAUUGGCGGCAAAGGGCGAGGACGGGGCCAAGGUCGAAUUGGUAUGUCCCCCCGAGGACGCCCCAGUCGGCGAGAGAGUCACAUUGGAAGGAUUAGAAGGUACCUUCGAGCCUCUUUCCUCUGCACAGACAAAGAAGAAAAAGACGAUGGACGCGGUUGCAAAGGAAUUGAAGACGGCAGACGGAGGACUCGCGACAUGGCAAGGAAAGACAAUCAUCACCACAAAAGGACCAUGCAAAGCUGCGACGCUGGUGGGCGCUCCAAUUUCGUAA